ACAAUCUAAAGCACAUGUAUAUUUCUGCAUUACUCUCCUUUUAUUUCCUCUGAUACAUUUUACAUUCAUUUUUAUGUUUUGCACACAUCUUUGCAAGUCAGCUCUUAACUACAUUCUGGAAGAAGCUGGAGUAGAAAUAAACAAAAAUGACUUUUUUCUUGGAGCUGGACCUGCUCCUGGCUUCGGCUGCAUGUGUUUUCUACACUGGGAAUGGCAUAGGGAGACGUAAACCAAGAUUUCAUUUUCAAGAUGGAAAGUCCAUCUGACUCAGCUGUGAUUUUACCUAGCACUCCACAGGCCUGCGACAGUCUACCAUCUCCCUGUACACGUAGUUCAAGAAAACAACCUAUGAGUGCAACACUUAGAGAACGACUAAGGAAAACUAGAUCUUCAUUUAAUUCCUGUUCCAGUGUGGUAAAGCGGCUUAAAGUAGAAAAUGAAGAAAAUAAGACCUUUUCAGAAAAACCAUCUUUAACAGAAGAAAACUGUUUGGAAUUUCGAGAAAGUAUUAAACAUAUAGACAAUGAAUCUGAAGAAAAUACAUAUUUAAAAAAUACCUUCAAGAGUAUCAAUGUAUGUGAAUCUAAGUCAUGUGAUACUGGGUCCUGCAGUGAUCUCCAGGAUGACUUUGUGAAUGAGAAUCUUCCCAAAAAAGAAUUAAAUGAAGGAAAAGAAAAAUUGGUGAAGCAGAUUCAGGAGAAAGAAGAUGUUCUCCGGAGGCUAAAACUAGUCAAAAUGUACAGAUCAAAGAAUGACCUGUCUCAGUUACAGUUGUUAAUAAGGAAGUGGAGAAGCUGUAGCCAGCUGUUGCUUUAUGAGUUGCAGUCAGUUAUAUCUGAGGAGAACAAGAAACUCAUCCUCACUCAGCUGAUAGACCAGUAUGGAUUAUAUGAUAAAUUGCUACACUUAAACAGAAGUGAAGAAGAAUUUAUAGGUGUUUAAUUCAUAAUUUUUCAAGAGUAUCCUUGAGAAUGACAACUUAAAAUAUACUUAUAUAUUUUAAAUGGAAGGUAUAAACUAUUAGG